GAAAGUUGUUGAGGGCAGACGUUUACAUUUUCCACCAGCCGUUUAUACUUCUACUAUUCAAAAAUGAGCAGCGCAGAGCAUUCAGUUUAUAUAAAAAAUGGCAAAGUGGUUAAUGAUGAUGAGGAGUUUAUGGCUGAUGUGCUUAUAGAAAAUGGCAUUAUAAAAUUUGUGGGCGCUGCAGCGGAUAUCAAAGUACCAGAAGGCGUGCGUACCAUUGAUGCUGCUGGGCAGCUGGUCAUGCCCGGAGGCAUUGAUCCGCACACACACAUGGAGCUGCCCUGCAUGGACACAGUCACCAUUGAUGACUUUUAUGGCGGCACGCGAGCAGCUGUAGCUGGUGGCACCACCAUGAUAAUUGACUUUGCCUUGCCGGACAAGUAUGAAUCAAUGCUUGUGGCUUAUGACAAGUGGCGCAGUCGUGCGGAUCCGAAAGUCUGUUGCGAUUAUGGACUGCAUAUGGGCAUCACUUGGUGGUCCGAGCAAGUGUCCGCUGAGCUGGGCGUGCUCUGCAAGGAGCGUGGCGUCAACUCCUUCAAGUCCUACAUGGCCUACAAAGGCGUCUAUCAGCUGAAUGAUACUGAGCUCUUGGACUCCUUUGAGCGCAUACGAAGUCUGCAUGCGUUGGCUAUGGUGCACGCUGAGAAUGGUGACAUUAUAGCUAAGAAUGAAAAGCGUUUGUUAGCUCAAGGCAUUACCGGACCCGAGGGACAUGAGCUGUCGCGUCAGGAGGAGGUGGAAGCGGAGGCAGUGCAUCGCGCCUGCAUUCUGGCACAUCAGGUGGACUGUCCACUUUAUGUGGUGCAUGUAAUGAGCAAAUCCGCUGGCAUUGAAAUUGCGCGCGCUCGUCAACGUUACCAGGGCAAAUAUAUUAUUGGCGAAACGCUGGCAGCGGGAUUGGGUACCGAUGGCACUCACUAUCAUUGCAAUCACUUUGCCCAUGCCGCUGGGCAUGUCAUGAGUCCGCCGCUAAGACCUGACACUACCACACCUGAGUUUCUCAUGAAGCUGCUGGCCAACAAUGACUUAUCACUGACAGGCAGCGAUAACUGCACCUAUACUACAAAGCAAAAGGAAUUGGGUUUGGGUAAUUUUACCAAAAUACCAAAUGGCAUCAACGGCGUUGAAGAUCGCUUGUCGGUGGUUUGGGAAAAAGGCGUACACUCCGGUCUAAUAGAUCCUUGCAGAUUUGUUUCUAUUACAAGCACAACUGCUGCCAAAAUAUUUAAUAUCUAUCCACAAAAAGGACGCAUUGCUGUUGGCUCCGAUGCUGAUAUUGUUGUCUGGGAUCCAGAGGCAACACGCACUAUUUCCAAGCAUACACAUCAUCAUGCUUGUGAUUUCAAUAUUUUUGAGGGCAUGGUCGUGCACGGAGUGCCCAAGUACGUCUUGGUACGUGGCCGUAUUUGUGUAGAUAAUGGCACAUUAAACGUUGAAAAGGGAUACGGACGCUUUGUUCCAACACCAGUGCGAUCAGCAUUUAUCUACGAUCGUAUUGAAACUUCAACUAGUCAAUAAAACAAUAAAUGCAUUUGAAUUUACAACUAUAAACAAAUAAACUAA